UCAACGAAUGCACUAUUACGAUUGACAGUAUACGAAAAACUCAAAAAGAAAAGAGUAAAUUAAUAAACAACAGAGCAUUUUUGUUAAGGAAAAUGAUCAACCGAUAAAUUUCGUCAGUGUUUCAAAACAAAUCUUUGCUUCACGAUGGGAUUCGUACAGCGAGCGCUUUUCACAUGGUUCAUAUUGCUGGUGUUUUUAAUAUUGCUCUGCCUCCGAUUGGAAAGCCGAAUCACCUGGAACUGGUUUAUCGUGUUCAUUCCGCUGUGGCUAUACGAUGCCAUCCUGAUCACCUGGGUGGUGAUCGAAAUCAUCCAGCGACAACACGCAAACCGAAUAAUUUCCUUUCGCCACUACGAAUACUACGUGGCUGGAAUCCUGUUGAAAAUGGUUUCGCAGAUUGCCAUCUGCCUGAAGCUGGAGUACAACUCCAUCCCGCUGUACGCUAUGAUGAUUCCCAUCUGGUGCCUCCUGGCAAUGCUGAUUGUGUACAUGGCCACCAAUCUGCAACCGAAGCCCCGCUCUAUCGCUUCAAACAAGACCAGUCGCCAGACGGCGACUGCCUCCUCCUAGGGGUACGUUCGGGUGAAACUUUGCGUUUCGCCCCGUUCGCCGUGAAUGUCUCCAUCGGCUGUAGUGCGCUCCACUCGGACGGAACCACAAAGCUGGUAGGUUGUUUCGUUUAUAUUAGGAAAAUUUGGCCUCAUGUUGGACAAAAUCCGACGAACAAUCUGAUCGAUUAGGUAGUCUCAGCUAAAGUAUGCUCGAUUGCAUUUUGAAUGGGUUUAACUAUAAUCUUAACUAAUCUUGGUAAAUUAUACGCUGCUGUCGAAAUAUCUUCGCGGUGGCAAAUCCGUGACAAGGAUUUAAUUAAAUAAAGGAAUAGUAUUAUUUAUGAUGAAA